GACUUUUAUCGUAUUCAACGCGACAUCCCUGAAUUAAAGUCUAGACAAUAUCAUUGGCUUAAAUCUAUCAAGGACCGGGAAAGUAACACCCAGCCUGCAGACAACAACACUGACCCUGUCAAGAUGUUUAACUGUAAAGAGUCGACAUGGACACCACCGGAUGGUCAGUUUUCUGCUCUCAAUCAUUACAUCGACCGUUGCCGCCGUUCGGUGAAUGUGGUGGAUUUUAAGGCCAGAGCUCAGUACAACAACCUGUCAACUGCCGAAAAGGAAGCCUUAACACGACUUUCAAAACGCAGAGACAUUGUCAUCAAAGCGGCUGAUAAGGGUGGUGCUGUCAUGGUAUGGUCACGCCCUCUAUACAUUACCAAAGCAAAUUGUCAACUGUCCAAUGGU